ACCACAGCUGCUCCCACUACAAUCACAGCUGCCCCUACAACUACCACAUCUGCUCCCACUACAACCACAGCUGCCCCUACAACCACAACAGCUUCUCCCACUACAACCACAGCUGCUCCCACUACAACCUCAGCUGCCCCCACAACUACAACAGAGGCUCCUACAACAACCACAGCUGCAUCUACAACUACCACAGCUGCUCCCACUAAAACCACAUCUGCCCCUACAACCACAACAGCUUCUCCCACUACAACCACAGAUGCUCCCACUUCAACCACAGCUGCUCCCACUACAACCACAGCUGCCCCUAUAACUACAACAGCUGCUCCCAUUACAACUACAGCUCCCUCUACAACUACCACAGCUGCUCCCACUACAACUACAACAGGUGCUCCCACUACAACCAUAUAUGCUCCCACUACAACCAAUGCUGCUCCCACUACAACCACAGCUGCCCCUACAACUACCACAGCUGCUCCCACUACAACCACAGCUGCCCUUACAACCACCACAGAGGCUCCAACAGCUCCAACAUCUUCUCCAACUACAACCACAGCUGUACCUACAACUAAAACAGCUGCUCCUACUACAACCACAGUAACAGCUGCUCCCACUACAACCACAUCUGCACCUACAACUACCACAGUCGCUCCAACAACAUCCACAACUGCACCUACAAGUAAAUCAAGUGCUCCCACUACAGCCACACCUGCCCCUACAACCACCACAGAAGCUCCAGCAACAACCACAGCUGCACCAACAACUACAACAGCUGAUCCCACUACAACCACAGCUUCUCCCAUAAUAACUACAGUGUCUUCAACAACAAUCACAGCUGUUCAAACUACAAAUUCUCCUACCAUUUCAACCACCACAGAACUGCCAUCUUCUACCACAAUUGCUUCUUCGACAAGCAUCACAAGUUUGACAUCAUCCGCCAUUCAAACCACUUCUGACAGCAUUAUGGCUCAAAUAACCACAGCGGCUACCAAAACUACUACUGCACCUACAACUACAACUGUCCCUGCAACUACCACAGAGGCUCCAACCACAACCACAGCUUCUCCCAGUACAACCACAGCUGCUCCCACUACAACCUCAGCUAACCCAACAACUACAACAGAGGCUCCAACAACAACAGCCGUUCCUACAACAUCAGCUGCACCUAUAACCGCAACAGAGGCUCCAACAACCAUGGCUGCUCCCACUACAUCCACAUCUGCUCCUACAACUACCAAAGAGUCUCCAACUACAACAACGGUUAAUCCCACUACAACCACAGCUGCACCUACAACUACAUCAGAGGCUCCAACAACAACAACAGCCAUUCGUACUACAAACACAGCUGAACCUACAACUGCUACAGCUGCCCCAACAACUACAACAGAGAGUCCAACGACAACAGCUGCUCCUACUACAGCCACAGCUGCAACUACCAAAGAGGCUCCAACAACAUCCACAGCUUCUCCCACUACAACCACAGCUGAACCUAAAACUGCUGCAGCUUCUCCCACUACAACCAAAGCUUCUCCAACUGCAACCACAGCUGCCCAAACAACUACAACAGAAGCUCCAACAACAACAACGGCUACUCCCACUACAACCACAUCUGCACCAACAACUACCACAGAGUCUCCAACUACAACAACGGCUGCUCCCACUACAACCACAGCUGCACCUACAUCAGAGGCUCCAACAACACCAUCAGCUGCACCUACAACUACCACAGAGGCUCAAAGAACAACCACAGCUUCUCCCACUACAACCUCAGCUGCUCCCACUACAACCACAGCUGAACCUACAACUACCACUGCUUCUACCACUACCACAGCCGCCCCAACAACUACCAGAAAGGCUCCAACAACAACCACAGCUUCACCUACAACUACAACUGAGGCUCCAACAACAACCACAGCUGCAGCUACAACUACAACAGCUGUUCCCACUACAACCACAGUAUUUCCCACUCCUACCACAGCUGACCUUACAGCUACAACAAGGUCUCCAUUAACAAUCACAGCUGCACGUACAACUACAACUGCUGCUCCACCCAUAACCACAGCUGCCCCUACAACAACCACAGCUGCUCCAACUACAACCACUUCUGCUCCCACUACAACCACGGCUAGGCUCCAACAAUAG